UCAUUUUUCUCGUUACCAUGGAGCGUCAGUGGCAAAACCACCACACGUUUCUUGCACUGAUCUCAUCGGUGAGUAAUGAAAUGAGCGCCUAAUCGUUUCAUUGUUUGUAAACAAGAAGAGAACAAUGGGUGAAAUUUAUGAAAAAAUGGAAUCAGUGAAAUCCGACGAACCAGAUGCUAGAGGAUUGUUUGAUGCCUUGAGAAUCUCUGAUGCUCCUCCUACUACUGUUAUAUCUGGUUCUGCUAAAGAUAAAGUUUAUUCUCUGAAUUAUCCUAAGCGAGGAAGAUGCUUGAUUUUUAAUCAUAAAGAAUUUAAAAAGCACACUGGUUUAAAUACAAGAAAUGGAACUGAUGCAGAUGCAGCUAGGUUAUACUGCAAGUUCAGAGAACUUCAAUUUGAUGUGUCAUUGUUUACAGAUUUGAAAGUGGAAGAAGUUAAGAAAGAAAUUAAAAAGGCCAGUAAAGAAGAACAUGGAGAGAACAGUGCCUUUGUUUGUUGUAUAUUAAGCCAUGGUGAGCAAGGAGUUUUAUAUGCUGCAGAUGGAAAGUACACAACUGACACUGUCUUUACUCCUUUCCGAGGUGAUAAUUGCCCUUCAUUAGCUGGCAAACCGAAGAUAUUUUUCAUACAGGCUUGCCAAGGUGAUCAGCUUGAUUGUGGGGUUACAGUUGAAUGUCGUGAAACUACUGAUUCUAAUGAUAGUAAAGAAUUAAAAAUUCCUGUUUGUGCAGAUUUUUUGAUAGUUUACUCAACUGUUCCAGGAUUCUACUCAUGGAGGAAUACUACCCAUGGAUCUUGGUUUAUACAAGCAUUAUGUGAAGCCAUUCAAGAAAACAUUAAAGACUUAGAUUUGUUGUCGAUUUUAACCAUAGUAAACUAUAAAGUAGCUUUCAGUUAUGAAAGUUACACUCCACAUGAGCCUAGUAUGCAUCUGAAAAAGCAAAUACCCUCCGUUAAUUCUACUCUAACUCGAAUGAUAAAGUUCUUUUAAAUUUCAUCAAAGUGCCUAGUGCUUUUGCUACACUAUGUAUUGUCCAUCAACUAUGUUAUUUGUAAUUGUACUUUAUAUUAUUAUAUUUUCAUCAUACUGACACUGUAAACAUAUGAUUUUUUUUUAAUUUAAAAUUAGUAUUAUUUUGUGAAUUGAUUAUAAAGUUAUAAUCAUGAAAUUUACUUUAUCGAAAAACUAUUUUUCUAUAUUAUGAUUUUUAUACUUUAGUUAUUUUAAAUAACUGUCAAGUUAUCUUAUCUUCUCAUUUGUUUUUGAAGCAAUUGAUUCAAUGGUUGAUGAAUAAUUUUGAGUACAAAAUUUGUAGAAACAACCAUUUUGUUUAAUAUAUUUUACUCUGCAGUCUUGUUUUUUCAAUUUUAUUUAUAUUUGUUUUAUAUUAGUACGAAAGAUGUAUAUCUUGUUUGCUAUGAUCUUCAUUUUUGGUAUGUUUUUUUGUUUUUGUUUGUAUUAUACUUAAUAUUAGAGCAAUAAAUAUGUUAACAAACUGAAUACUCUCAAUUUGACUACAACAAUUUAAAGCAAAAAUUAUAUCAAAACCCAGAGAGUUUAACAGAAUCAUUUUCCUAACAAACAUAGUUUUAUUUAAUAAAACUGUGUACAAGAUUGCCAUGAGGUUAAAUAAAAUAAUCAAAGUAUAAAGCAAUACUGAAAAAAAUCAUUGCAAUACUUAAAGAAAGUUUUCUCUCUUAUGCUGUAAUUUUUCUUAUAUUCUUUUAUGUUAUACAAGGCCAACUUAUGCUGUAUAAGACCAUUAUUGUUAUUUGUAAAUUUGGAAUUAAAAUCUAGGAAAAAGUUAAUAAAUUUAUAUAUUGGUUUGUAAUUUAUAAAAUUUUAGCACCUAGAUUUACGUAGUUUUUAUCAGGAAACUUUAAUAUGAAAAAAAAUAAACUGUUUUCUUCUAUCAAAUCAUUCUGAUUUUCUAGAAAUCAAUCAUUAUAAAGAUAGUAUUACUCAUUAAUUUCAUUACACUCCUUGCUUUUUUUGUAAGUUUAAAAAAAAAUACAAAUAAUUAAUGCUCACUUGAUAUUGCUAAACCUACCAAUUUCUCCCCUUUUUAAAUUAUUCGAGUUGCUUGCAAAAACGAAUAGAAGCAGUUUUACAAACCAUGCUUUUCAUGUAAAACUACAAAUACAGAAGUGUAUUUAAAUUAAUGAAUGGUUGGCUAAUUAUAUGUAAUAAUCUGCUCAGUUUUCUUCAAGUUUUUCUUAUUAAUUAAACCAGAUUUUAGAAACUAAUUCCUGAAAUAAAAUAUCUAUAAAUGUUUCCUUCGUACUUUGUUUAAUAAAUCUUUAAACCUGAAAUUCAAAGAUAUAUCUUUAAACUGUAUUUAUCAUUAUUUAUUUUUUGUUGCAAGCCUUUUGUCAGAUUUUUAAAUAAAUAAAUGUUCCAUCAUACUAGAAUCCUAAUGUUUCUGGGUAUUUUGUUUUAUAUUGCUACUAAAUUUAAUACAAAAUUAUUUUAAAUGAAUCAAAAUUUGGAAGAAAAUUUUUCUUUUAAUGUAACAAACUAAAUGUUGAUAAAGCUUAUUUUAAUUUAUUAUAAAAUGUUUAUAAACUAUAGACAUUGCUGGUAUGUAGACAGCAAAUAUGUGCCUACUUUAAUUAUUAAAAACCCCAAAUAUUUCCGACAAAUUAAAAAAAUUCAUCAAUUAUUAUUAGAUUGAAUUCAACUAAAUUAAAACCAAUUGAAGUAAUAAAAGAAUUUUAUAGAUGUUUAGCAACAAAAAAAACUUUUUCCCCCAAUUAUGAUUAUUAUUAUUUAUUUUUUUAUGUAGAAUUUGGCAAAUUACUAUAAUUUUUCGCUUUAAUGUCGAUCCUAACCUUUCCAAAAGAGUUUGACCUCCUAGAGUUUCUAAAUUUUGAAGUCUUCAUGAUAUUUAAAGAAAUUUACAUCUACUCUUCUUUUUUAACUGUUGUAUGUUAAAUAACUUCCACCCAAUCAUAAAAUUGCUCAGUAUUGCAUUAGCUUUCUACAAGUUUUUAGUGAAUGGAAUAUAUUUUUAUAAAAUGGCUUUCUACUUCAUAAACUUUUUUAUACUUCUGCCUUAUAUUGAAAAUGCCAUUUAUAACUUAUACAUUUGAUGGGUAAUGAGAAUGUAUAGAUUAUUUCUGAGGAUCUCUAUUUUGAAUGCACUUGUAAAAAGUAUGUUUUUUUUAUAAUGAUAUUGUCAUGAAAAGUACUGAAAUAGGAAUAAAUAUGCCUUUUAUACUGAUAUUGUAAAUGUAAAGUACAGAGUUAGAAAUCAAUAUGAAUUUUAUAUUGAUAUUGUAAUGGUUCUAUGGAGUUCAAAAUAAACAUAUUGAUACAAUCUGA